AUGGCUGCGAAACAACCAAACAUCAUCUUCAUCAUGGCAGAUGACCAUGCUGCCAAAGCAAUUGGUUGCUAUGGCGCUGGUAUCAACAAAACACCAAACAUGGAUCGGCUGGCGAGCGAGGGCAUCAAAUUCAACCAUUGCUAUGUCACAAACUCGAUUUGUACCCCCAGCCGCGCUACCAUUCUGACGGGAACUCACAACCACGUCAACGGCGUCAUGACACUGGACAGCAAGAUCAACAAGUAUCUGCCCAAUGUUGCAAAGCAGUUGCGAGCUGGCGGCUACCAGACGGCCAUGAUUGGCAAGUGGCAUUUGGGAGAGGGCACACCGCACGAACCGACCGGCUUUGACUACUGGACCGUUCUUCCCGGCCAGGGCGCCUACCACGACCCAGUCAUGAUUGAUAUGGGCGAGUCCGUAGUAGAGCGCGGCUACGCAACCGAGAUCAUCACGAAGAAGACGCUCGACUGGAUCCAGAAGCGAGACAAGGACCGUCCCUUCUUCGCCAUGUGCCACCAUAAGGCCCCACAUCGGUCUUGGGAAUGCCACCCCAAGUACAAAUCAUGGUAUGAGGAGGACAUCAAGGUCCCUGACACCUUUACCGACGACUACAAGAACCGUGCGAAGGCGGCCAAGGUCGCCAAAAUGCGCGUUGCCGAUGACCUGACUUACAAUGAUUUGGGCCUGGUCCAACCGGAUGGGGGGCUCGAUGUCGGAGCGUCGUUGUUCAAGGGCUAUUGGGAGCGCAAAAUUCCCAACCCAGACGAUGUGACAAGCCUGCGUCUGAUCGAUAAGGAGACUGGUACCAACUAUACGUUCAAGACGAAAGCAGAACUGGCCGAGUUCAAGUUUCAGCGCUAUAUGAAGCGCUAUCUUCGUACCAUCCAGUCAAUUGACGACAGCGUUGGCGAAAUUCUGGACUUCCUCGACGCCGACCUAGAGCUCAAGGAGAACACGCUCGUCAUCUACACCUCGGACCAAGGCUUCUUCCUGGGUGAGCAUGGCUGGUUCGACAAGCGUUUCAUGUACGAAGAGUCCUUCCAGAUGCCCUUCCUGGCGCGCUUCCCGCGCGAGAUCGCGCCAGGAAGCGUUUGCAACGACAUCAUCAGCAACGUCGACUUCGCAGCCACCUGGCUCGACCUCGCUGGCAUCCGCAUCCCUACAUACAUGCAGGGCGUCUCCUUCCGGCCUCUGUUACAGGGUCGCACGCCCGAGGAUUGGCAGCAGGUGGCGUACCACAGGUACUGGAUGCACGCUGAUCCCAUCCACGACGCGUACGCGCACUACGGCGUGCGCGACCAGCGAUACAAGCUGAUCUACUGGUACAACGAAGGCUUCGGGCUAUCCGGCACUGGCGCGGGCGGCCAGGAGAGGGAAUGGGAGCUGUUUGACUGCGAGAGCGACCCGCUGGAGCUUUUCAAUGUCUACCGCGACCCGCAGUACCAGGAUGUCGUGAAACGGAUGACUCGGCUGCUGGACGAGAAAAUGACUGAGAUUGGCGACGAGCCGCUGCACAGGACGCUACUGGCGGACGCCACGGACGGUCUGAGUCGGUUUGAUGAUGCAAAGGCAGGGGUGCGGAAUCACUGA